AUGGAUUACUUUUAUCCUUUGGAAAAAAGAAAUGAAAUAACAAGUUUAGAUAUUAGUAAUAAAACCUUAGAAGGUGAGAUGAAAAUCAACAAUUUUCCUAACUUAGAAAGAAUAGAUCUUAAAUCAGUAGUAGAAGGAAAUAAAAUACCAACCUUAGCUUUAGUUAAUUUGACUAGUCUUAAAAGUGUUACUAGCAAUAGUGGUAAUUGGAGUGGUUUAGUUAAUUUUGCUAGUUUAAACCCCGAAAAGCUUAUCGAAUUAGAAAUUAGUAAUAAUAAUCUCCGAGCUCUAGACUUGUCUUGCUUGAGUAAUUUUAUAAAUUUAGAAGUGCUUAAAGUAGGGUGUGAUGAAUAUCACCGAAGAAAUAAUAAACAAAAAAGAAAUCGCUUCUUUGGCUCCUUAGAAUCUUUAAAAAACAUGACUAAACUAAAAACCUUAGAUAUAAACAAUACUGAUAUUGACUCGGGAUUAGAAUAUUUGCCAGAAAUUCUAGAAAAAGUUGUUUGUGCUGACUCAAAUAAAAAAACAGCUUCUUUAAAAAACAGUUCAGAAGCAAAAGACACCGACUACCUAGAAAAAAGAAUUAAAGAGUUAGAAAGUUUAAUCAAAAAACAUAAAGAAAAAAUAGUCGCUGCAUUUCUUCGUUUUGCUCCGGCUAAAGAGUUAUUAAGAGAAUUAAUAGUUACUCACCUAGAAUAUACUAAAUUCAAAAAACAAGAGAGUGAUUCUUUAGAGUAUGAUGAAUGUUGCGAAUCAUAUGAAGAAAAGUGUCAAGCAAUUAAAAAGCAACUACGAGAAGAAAAAAAAUUAACCAAAGAAGAAAUGAAUGAGGAAGGACAAAAACAGCACCCUCAAAUAACCAUCAGUGGCACAGUCCACGGCAGUGUUUUAAUCGGUCCUUUACAAAUUGGAGCCAAUACAGAUUUCAGUUCAAAAACAUUCAAUCCUUCCAGUCAACAAUUAAUUCAAGAACUACAAAUUUUUACUCAGCAAUCUCAAAUAAAAGAAACCAGUAGUGAAACUAGUAGUUUAAAACGAAGACUUUCCCAAUUAGCCAUCCAGGAUUCUAAUGAACAACCAAAAUUGAAAAAAAUAGACAAUUCAUCAACUAAUAACCAAAAGCAACUAUUAGAAAUAGAUUUAAUAGUUAAACAAACUGAACUAGAUAAUAGAAUUUCUUCCCAAAAAUAA